AUGGAUGAGAGCUGUGCAAGCGGGGAAGCUGUGGGGUGGAUGAGGAAGCUAUUGGAGCAGAAACGGGUGAGAGAGCUUUCCAUGGAACGCGAAUCCCCUUUUAAUGCAUUUCGUAUACAAAAUGGACAACGUAGACUGGAAGAACAUGGAAUGAUUCUCGAUUUGCCUUUCGAUAUUUUUUCAGGUUUUGAGGUGCUUCAAUUGAAGAAUUAUUACCUUAAUACUUCACCCUCUGUUGAUGUUCCUCAAACUUUAAAAACCCUAACAUUUAUUAAGGUGAAUUUGCCGCCAGUGGAUUUGCAAGGGAUUCUCUCCAACUGUUCAUCUCUUGAAAAUCUAACUCUUGACUGUUGUGGUUUCAGAAAAGAGGUUAAGAUCAACUGUCCAAGUCUCAAAUUUUUUAAAAUUUGUAGAAUGACUGUGAAUGAGAUUGUGAUUUCUGCUGCUAACCUUGAUGUCAUAGAGUUCGAUACCAUUGUUUCUAACCCUCAAAGACUGGAUUUAAAGGCUCCAAAACUUAAGGUUCUCCGUUGUUACAAUGAUUUCAAAUUUGAAAGGCGUUAUUAUUUUGAAUCUGGGAAAAAGCUUUUGACCUCAAUGGAGCUUCUAGAAGCUUGCCGUGAUAUUCAAAGUCCUCAGAGUUCAAGCAUCGCCAAUGUAUUUGAGAAUCUGGUUACUCUCUCCAUUGAAUUAGAUUUGAACAAUGUCAGAAAUGUCAUAUCUCUCUCUUAUUAUCUUAGAUCUUGCCCUCAUUUGCAGAAUCUCGAAAUAAACAAUAAGGUUAGGAAUGAGUCAAUGGAUCACUACAGUAGUGUGUUUAAUGAUAAUGGAGAUGAUUGGCUGCUAUUCCAUAAGCAUUUCUUUUGGCAGAGAAGGGUGCAUUUUGAAUGUAUUAAUCACCAAUUGAAGACCAUUUGCAUAAGGGGUUAUACAGGUAAAAAACUUGAAGUUGAAUUUGUUAAGUGCAUAAUAACUACUGCUGAAAAGAUGGAGAGGAUCACAAUUUGCUUUGUUGAUGAUUGCUCAUGGGCACAAGCCACUGCUACUUUCUGUUUGUUGGCAUUUCCGAGGGCCUCUAGAAAAUUGUCAAUCAUUCUGAAACCUGGGAUUGAGUACAUUACAAAAGAUGUUGCUAAUUCUUAUAGAAUUGUGAAUUGGAAGCGUAGUGAUGAUCAUCCACAAGUGGAAGCAAUGAAGAGCAAACGAAAUAUUAAGGAGUAG